AUGGGAAAGAGUGUGAAUUGGACUCUGAGUUGGGAUUCCGAUAUCCCGGUACUGACCGACUGUUUCACACAAACAUUAUCUGAAUUUGAAGUAUUGGAGUCCGACAGUGAAUCCAAUUGUCCGAUGAAAGACUUCAAUAUAUUCUCGAAAAUAUUUGUUGUUUGGAUCAAAAACAUCUUAAAACACGGAUACAAAUCAUACAAUGAUUUGUCUCAACAUUUGCUUCCGAUCUGUAAUUAUCUGAAAGCAAAGAAUUCUUACCAAACAGUACAGGCGGCCCUCAUAUCCGCUAUCUAUCAGAAAAUGCUUAGACUUAGUGCGGCUUCCCGUCGGGAAUAUACGACUGGUGAUAUCAAUAACAUAAUGGGUGUCGAUGUGACGGAGAUAUGUGACUUCUUCCGGUCGAUGACCAGCUUAUAUGCCGUACCUUUAAGUCUAAUGAUUGGUGGAUAUAUUCUGUGGCGACAAUUGGGUCCGUCAUCACUGACUUUAUUUGUAAUGAUGGCAAUCGUGGGUCCACUCAAUACAUUAAUUAUGAGAAAAAUCAAUGGCUUGCAAACUAAACAAAUGGAGUUGAAAGACAAACGUAUGGAACAAAUCAGUGAAGUAUUGAAUAACAUUAAACUUCUGAAACUAUUUGGAUGGGAGAAGCCGUUUAUGGAUAGAGUGUCAAAAACAAGACAUCAAGAGUUACAUACACUGAGAAUUGCUAACUAUUGGUGGUCUAGCAUUGACGUGCUUUGGGUUGUCAUCCCAUUUAUGAUCGCCGGAAUCACAUUUACU